AUUUUUCGUAUAAGUAUAAACGAAAAAUCCAAAUUCUCACAUUCAAUUAAAGUAUUUUAAAAAUACAAUUUUUUCAUCAGUUAAUAUAUUUAUAAAUAUAUUAAUUUAGUGAGAAAAGUGGGGCUCAAAAUUCGCAGUAGCAGCUUUCAGAAAAACUCUCUAACUCGAAAAAGAAGGGAUUUUUCAAAAAUGGAAAUUUCGGGAUUCGUCAGCCCCCUAGAGGCUGUUCAUGUCCUCUCGAUAUUCAACUAUCUAAACACACUCAGCGAUUUUCUCUACGCGGAGAAUUUCCUAAACAAAGAGGAUCAACAUAAACGGAUCCCAGUCGUCAAUGCCAUGUAUCAUUAUAUCUUUCAAGACAAUUCCACGAACGAAUUCGGUCUAAAUCACAGAAAAUAUCAUCUAACCCGUAAAUUGAUAAACGGAACCGACUUAUACGGUGCUAAACAGCACGAAAUACCCGAUCCCUACUUUACCAACACUCUGUUUUACCAUAUUGUCGAUAAUCUCGUCUUCUCCCGAUUCACCAACGUCUAUGGAUUUAUUGUCGAAAUCGUUCGGAUGAGAUCGGGAGAAGUUCAGCUAAAAUCCCUGGAGCAUUACAUGAGGAAAACGUUGGUGUCCUUGAGGUACGAGAACGAAUAUGGCGAGGACUCAAGAAUUGAAAAUUGGGUUGUGAAUCAAAUUUAUGUUGAUCUCAUUGAACCGUUGUUUCCCAGAGCGAAGAAUUUGGAUGUACAGAUCACUUCGGUGGACUACAUUUACGCGCAGGCGGGGAAAAUGUUUUUGAAAUUUGACAAAAUGGGGGAGAUUGAGGAUCCGAUGUUUGGGAGUGGGAAUGGAACGAAAGGGGAUGAGAGGGAGUAUCAGGAAUUUGUGGAAGUAGCGCAUGGGGUUGAACAGAUGGUGCUGGCUGAGAAGGUGGAUAAAUCGGCUUUGAAGAUAUUCGCACUACCGGCUAUGAUUAAUUAUGUUUGUACUGAAGGAGAGGCACUGGAAAAGUUUAGUAUUGAAGGGAUCAUGGGUAGUCCGUUUCAUUGGCAGAAGGCUUAUCGGAAACUUUUCAGAUUUUUGAACGACGCUUUUCUGAUGAUGAACAACGAGAGGGACUAUCGGUAUCAGUUCUCGCUGGCUUUGUCGAAUUUCAAGAAUCGGACCACUUUGGCCAGGGAGCAAAUCGAAAUGAACUGUGGAACGCUAACAGACGCCGAAAUCGAACCCGAAAUCAUCAAAUACAAGAAUAACCCCAAGAGUUACAAAUGCAAAUACAUUACCGACGGAAAACAACUAGACGAUCUGAAUCAGUUGUUCGAAGACUCGGUUACCGAUGUUUCGGAGAAAUACCACAAAUACGAAAAGGAAUACUGUCGAACAGCCUUUGGAGACGCUUUCAUUAACCUUAUGGACACCAAAAGGGUCGAAAUUUCAAAAGGGUUGGUACAGUACUACUAUUCUGGUGGUGUGGGAAUAGUCGCCGAUUCCGUUCAACUAGUCGACGAGGACCACGAUUUGCUACAGUUCUACCAACCUGACAGUGAUACCUAUACCUACUAUGCCCUAGUUCGUAAGGGUUUCAACAUUUCCUUAAUCAGAGAGGCCGACGAUCCAGAAUUGUUCCGAAAAACUUUGGAUCUACCGCUGAAUCAAGUAUUCCGUUCGAACAAUUUUCCAACCAUUCUGAAAAAAGUCGACGAAUCUUUCGGGACACUUUGGUCCAGAAUCGCGAAUGACAGAAAAAAGACAUUUCAAAAAAAACUCGAGGCCGAGGGUUAUGACCAGACCCGCAAGGAAUGGUGGGUCGAUUUCGGUCUAUCCCUAAUCCCCUUCUACACCUGCGUUCAGGACAUAAAAACCGAAAAUAUUCCCGAAGCGCAAUUCGUCUGUCCUUUAGACGCCGUAUUUCUGAUCCCCAUCGCCAAGGAAUUCGGAUUUCUCGUCGCUAAGAUAGGACAGAUCGCCUCUAAGUCGGUACUCUCGGCGACGGAAACAACUCUUAGGACCAUAAUGCUGAGGAGUUCGAUUCGAACAAUGCUGCGAGUGACCGGAAAGUCGCUAAUUGAGGAAUUCGACCGUUUCGAGGAGUUGUUCACCAAGGAGACUUUCAAAACGCUCGGAAUCGAAGUCCUUAGGUUCAUCGAUCCGGGUUUUGAACUCGCCUUCACUAUCGGAAACUCAGGACUAAGGAGCAUUAAGAGUUUGGUCCUCCAGGCGGAACGGAAGUUCGCCACUGUGUCCCGGACUAUAAAGUCCCGAAUCACCAAAGCGCAAUACACUCUUACCCACUACUUAGAGCAGACUGGGACUUUUGAACAAACAUUCGGGAGGAACACCUACGUGACGAGUAUUUACAAUAAGGAAGCUGGUUAUGGUUACAAGUACAUUCGCCUCAAGAAAAGAUCCACAAAGAAAAUCCUAAAGGGGAUCGAAAUUAGGACAAUCCACCCAGGCAAAAAACAGUAUCCCCUAGUGGUCCAAUCGGACAACACCUACAAAAAGCUAAACCUACAGGACGAGACGAUAAUCGGCAAUGAAUACUUCCAAGAGGACGAAGGCAUCAUCUCGGACGAAAGGUCCUUUGAACUAAAUGUGAUCAGCAACGAAGUGGACCCCCUGGUGGAGUGUGGCAAACUGACGAACAUCGUCCAGACCCUAAGAUCCAAAAAGCAAUUUCAGGAAGCCAUCGACUUUGCCCUAAGAAAAGGACGACUCUCUGAAAGGGAAAUCACCAACGAACUUCGUAACUACAACUUUCCCCAAAAUGCACCAAUGGAAAUGAAUUUUGUUCGCGAGUGGAUGAACAAUCCAGAAUUAAAGACGCCAAUCUGGGCCGAGAAGUACAAACUCCAAGAACCCGAUCUCUUCUUUCAGUUGAAAUACAAAGAAACCCUAGACAACCCAAAAUUGACCAUCGAAGAAGCAAGGACAAAAAUAAACGUUCUUUAUCCAAUCGCGAUACAUCCGGAAAUAGCCAAAGAAUUACCGGUCGAGAAACUACUGGACGAUUUUCACAAAAAGGAAGCGUACAAUUCGGCUAGAUUCGAGGACUACUACGCCUUGCGAUGGUACGGUGGAAGUGGAUACAGAAAAAUGGGCGAAACAACAAUCGAGACGAGUAGAAUGAAAAACGCAAUUUAUAAACUCGCCAUUCGACAAUCGGAGGAUCCAGGUGAAAAAUACGUGACGAAAUUGUUCCGCGGUGAACGGAGACUACCCGAGGCGAUCGAGAAGGAAUUAUCAUCAGCAAAUGGUGAUUUCGAGUUCAAUAGGUUUACGUCCAGUUCGACUGAGAUGAACACUGCCCUUUCCUAUUCCAUGAGGGGGAAUCCGGUGAAUACGAGAGUCACCUACGUGAUGAAUUUCAAUAAUCCAACCGUUAGGGCUAGAGUCGAACAUUUAUUUGUUCAAGACGAGAAGGAGACAAUUUUACUACCUGGUACGAAAUUUCAUAUUGAUAAAAUAGAGCGAUACGUCGAUGAAGCGGAAUCGGGAGCUAAGCAAAAUUGCAUUAGGGUCGAAAUGACGAAUGUCGACGAACCAAAGGAAUUGAGACAGAAGAGCAUUAUGGAGGAAAUUGAGAAAUUGAAGAAGGGACCGGUUGUGUUCUAUCCUGAGGAUAUUGGCAAAUAGUUAUUUACUUCGUUUAAUGAUUAAUUUUGUUUAUAAUGUGACGCUGACGUUUCAUGGUGAAAGGGACCUUAAGCUAUAUAAACGUUAGACUCAGUCUACAGUGCUCAGUGCAUGAAAACUGAGCCUAAUGUUUCUGUCGCGUAAAGUCCCUUUCACCGUGAAGCGUCACAUUAAGUUUUAAAUAGGGGGACAUAGUCAGGGUUGAACCCCAGUUUAAAUAAGGGGUCCAACCCUUAUUGGACCCUUCGUUACCGAUAAUCCGCAUCGAUUUUCAGAAAUGGGCCAACCUUGACUGUAAGGUCCAACCUUGACAAUGUUCCCCUUUUACUAUACACAAUUGUUUCGAGUGUUUUGAAUGAAUGUGAAAAUUAUUUUAAGUUGCGAUUGUAAGAUUUAAUGACUAGAAAUUAAGUUAUGAACAAACUAUUGUCCUAGAGGAUCUAAAAAUAAAUUCUCUAACAAAUUUUAA